GGCCACCCCAUCGCUUCCGGGUCAUUGUGUGACGAGCAGCUCGUAGCCGUAGAUUGCAAGAGAAGCCAUUGAAAAUGCAGUCGUCUCUAGUGAAUAUUGCGUUAUUUUCAUCUUUGCAGGUCCUGUUUUCCCUGUCUUGUUUCCAGGCGGUUGUGGCUGCAGGAAACAGCCGAGGUUUUGGAGAUAAUAUUCACUGGAGAACGCUGGAGGAUGGGAAGAAAGAGGCAGAAGCCAGUGGGCUGCCAAUUAUGGUCAUCAUCCACAAGACUUGGUGUGGAGCCUGCAAAGCUCUGAAGCCCAAAUUUGCUGAGUCCAAGGAAAUCUCUGAACUUGCUCACAACUUUGUCAUGGUCAACCUGGAGGAUGAGGAGGAGCCAAAGGAUGAAGCCUUCAGCCCCGAUGGUGGAUACAUUCCUAGGAUUCUUUUCCUUGAUCCCGCUGGUAAAGUGCACCCCGAAAUCACCAACAAGAACGGGAAUCCCAACUACAAGUAUUUCUACAGCAACGCAGAACACGUUGUGUCCAUCAUGAAGGAGGCACAGGAAAAGCUGACAGGCGACGCCUACAGGCAGUCGCACGUCGGAGAUGAACUGUAAAGGAGCCAGAGACGGGCAUAAGGCUGCAAGGGCUACGUUUCCAUUACCCGAGCCUUUGCCUCAAGACAGCCCAUCCCACUAUUUAUAGUCAACACUUUGGAAGGUGGAGUCCAUCUUACCAUGUAGAGCACCGGUGCUGAAGAAUUAUUUCCCCCCAUCCACUUCUCUCAAAACCUGUCUAAGUUCAAGAAGUUUCUUCUCCAUUCUCGUUGUGGUAAAUACUGUGUAUAGUUCAGAUCUACUGUACUUGAAUAAAAUGCCAUAUACCUACUGUCUGUAGAGGAUGAAUAACAACUCAAGCCAGCCCAGUUUACUGCAGUAUUUGAUAUUAACCCACACCUGUGUACUCUGUCAUCGGGUGAAAACCUCAUAGCUCCAAAAUUUGAGCUUCUUACUUUUUUUUUUUUUUUUUUUUUUCAGAAAACUCAUAAUUUUUUAUCAAAUCAGAGGGAGAUACUCCUUCAGGUUUAGUUAAAACAUGAACAUGGAAAUCAACAGAACUUGGACUUGUGGGUUUUCACCCGACAGAUACAGUAAGGUACUUCAUACUGGUAGAGAGAAAUGUCUUCAUGCCUACUUUGAUGUGCUUCCAAAAUCCUCUACAGUACUGAAAUUACAAGUCACAAUAUUUGCCCUGGUUUAUAUAUAUUAAAAAAAAGGGCGUUGUACUUCUGAUUUGUUAUCAUCCGUACUUUUAUAGUAGGAGAAACCUUUUUGUUGUUGUUUUGUUUUACCUCAGUUAUUCAUUCAAUGUUGCCAAGACACACUUAUUUAGCUAAAUAUACAUCAUCUCUUUAUAUGGUUCCUUUUUGGUUUGUUUUGCUGCUUGUGAAGUGGUACCAUUUGGUUCAUUUUUACUGGCCUUGUUUAUCUGUUUAUCUGAAGAAGGGGUGAACAACGUGGUGAAGUUGUCCUGUCUUGCUGUAUUUUAUACAUGUACACAGCCAAGUGUGCAAAUAAAGUUUGUUGUUUGAA